AUGGCUCCCCCGGGAGUCGGACAGGUGCAUCUCAUGUUCAAUUGGGGCAUGACGGACAUGGCCAAUGCGUCGAAAUCGGAUAUGAUCAAUAUGAUGAAGAUGAUCAUUCCCGGCUCUACACUUUAUGUGACUUCUCUGUGGCUGAUCAAAGCCGGCAUGGUCUGCUUCUACAAACGUCUGGCGGAUCGAACCCACUACCAACGAAUCUACAAUAUCAUCCUUGCCUUACUAGCCGCUACGUGGCUCACCAUCUUUCUCAAUAUCAUCUUCAAGUGCUUCCCUGUCGACCGUAUUUGGGACAUGGAUAACCCAGACCGGGCAUGUUCCAAAAAGCAGAGCCGGAUCAAUUACUGGAUCACCAUCUUGUUCAACAUCUUCAGCGAUGUAAUCAUCAUCUGUCUCCCAAUCUCCCAAGUGCUCCGCCUCCGCAUGCCCUUCAAACAAAAGCUCGGCGUCAUGUCCAUCUUCCUGCUAGGUAUCCUCGUCGUCAUCACAAGCAUAAUCCGCGCCAUCUUCUCCUGGCAAAAUAAACAAAUGAUCACCUGCACCGUGUCCAUGAUCGAAACCGCCAUCGCAAUCAUCGCCAACUCGCUGCCCGUCCUGCGCACUCUUUUUUUUGGUUCGAAGUCUCGCAACGGGACAUACUACAGCAGCCGAGCAUACGAGCUGUCGCACUCCCACGCCCCGGGGAAGUCGGGUCCCCUGAAUAAGGUGACGGCGUCGGUGGCGUCGAACGCGGUCACGGAUGGCCAUGGUGGUAUGCCCUCGGGGCUGUCGAGACAUGAUUCCGAGGACGAGUUGGUGAAAGAUGCUGCUUCGCCGCCCGUGGAUGAACAUGGCAUCUCCGUCACCACGGAGUAUCAUGUUUUUCAUGGCAGCGAGAAAGGUAAAUUGACAAAAGAAGGAACUCAAACAAGGAUGCAAGACUCUAAGUAA